GAGGAGAGGGGAGAGAGAGAGAGAGAGGGGGGAGGGGGGGGGGGAAUCGUGCGAGGGAGGGGAGGGUUUUUUGGGCGAGAUUUGAGUUUUGGCACCCUCCCGCGCGCCAUGGUGUCCGACCAGGAGAUCGCCAGCUGCGUCGAGUCCGUCCUCCGCUCGUCGGGGGGCGCCGCCGGGGAGCCUCGCUCGCCGCCGUGCUGUCGCAGCGGAGCCAAGCUCGGCGUCGACCUCGCACACAAGGCGACCUUCAUCCGCGACCAGAUGGACCUCUUCUUCGGCCCGCGCCUCCAGCCGCCGCUCGUCGCCAAGGCCCAGGCGGCGGCGGCGGCGGCUCCUAAUCCUCCUCCUCUGGUCGCCGCUCCCGCGCCUGCCAUGCCGCAGGUGCAGGUGCAGGCGCAGUUGCAGCAGAUGCAGCAGCAGCUCGCGGUGCUCCAGCCCCAGCUCAUAUUCCAGGCCAUGCCGCAGCUCCCCGCUGGUGUACCAGGCGGCGCCGCUGGGGCGGUCUCCCCGCAGCCUCCCGUGCCGGCCAUGGCGUUCUACCCGCCGCCUCCUCUGGCCUUCCGCGUCACCAGCGGCUUGGCUGGGGUCGCCACUGGUGGGACCGUCUCCUUCCAGCAGCCAGCCCCUGGAACCGGCGGCACUGCUUCCCCCACCGCCGCAGUACAGGCCGCGGGCGACAACAAGGAAAGUGCUUCAAAGCGGAAACGAGGUGGGCCUGGUGGUUUAAAUAAAGUUUGUGCAAUCUCACCUGAACUUCAGACUAUUGUUGGUGAGACUGUCAUGUCAAGAACUCAGAUUGUCAAGCAGCUUUGGCAAUAUAUUCGGCAGAAUAAUCUUCAAGAUCCUGAUGACAAAAGGAAGAUAAUCUGCAAUGAUGAACUUCGUGUGGUUUUUGGAACUGACACAACUGACAUGUUUAAGAUGAAUAAAUUGUUGGCGAAACAUAUAACUCCACUUGACCCAAAGGAUCAAAUUCGGGAAGCAAAGAAAUUUAAGCCCUCCAAUGUAGCUACUCAGCCUAUGCCUCUGAUUAAUCAACCCUCUGUGGUGAUUUCUGAUGCACUAGCCAAGUUUAUUGGAAUGGAAGGCACAGUGCCUCAAGAUGAUGCUUUGAGGUACCUUUGGGAUUACAUAAAAGCAAACCAACUUGAGGAUGCUAUUACUGGAUCAAUAUUAUGUGACUCAAAACUUCAGGAGCUGUUCGGCUGCGAGAGCAUUCCUAGUUCUGGAUUAUCAGAGUUGCUUGCUCACCACUUCAUUAAGGAAACAUAGCAUAUCCUCAUUAACUGAUCUAGGAUUGCAGUGGUGCCAGAUAGGCCUAACUUUACAAUAUGGUGUUCUUGACAAAAAAAUGGACAGCUAGCUUAUGUAUCUUUUCUAUGCUCUGGAUUAUGAAGUUUGUCAGAGAAAACCAGAUUAUUUGUGGUAGCCUGUAAUUUUAAUUCUACGUAGUGGCUACUGCCGCAGUACUUUGGUGUAACCUCUACAGAAUUCGUAGCGUUAGUUUCUAAAUGUCAAAAUGUCUUUGGCUGACUAUGUAAAGUUAAGCUUUUUAUUUGAGUGCCAGGUUGAACUUUUUAAAAAGCUGUAAUGGAUUCACGACCUCUUGGUUAUUGAAUGUGUGCCCCCUAUAUUGGUGUA